AUGGAGCUCUGCAGGGGCUGCCAUGAAAGGAAGGCGCCGGCUUGUCAUUGGGGCGUGGAACAGCUCGCAGCGGCAUUCGCGCUUGGUCAGGCCAUCGGCAUGGGCAUCCUUGCGAAGGUGCCUGACCGAUGGGGGCGCAAAAAGGUGCUGUUGGUCCUCGCGCUUGGCCGGACACUAUCGACGGCCAUGAUUGGGACUUCACGGAGCUACCCCAUCGUGGUCGGUGGCCGUGUGAUGAGCGGUUUGUUCUCAGGGACUACCGCCGUUGCGACGGCUUUCCUGGCCGACGUGACCACCAGCGAGGAGAGGACCUCCUCCGUCGCGACUCUGGAGGCCAGCGCCUCCCUGGGCCAGAUCAUCGGGCCGCUCGUGGGAGGUGCCCUGAGCCACUCCGGUUUCGGAGUGACUUGCUACACGGCGGCGGCCCUCGGUGCUGUGAACCUGCUGGUGGGAGCUCUCGUCCUCUCAGACCCGGACCGCCCAAACCAGGAUCCUCCAAGCGGAGAACCCGCCAGCACGCCAGAGCAGCCGGCACGCAUUCCGUGGUCGGCUGGGCUGCUGUAUCUCGGCGUCGUUUUGUCGACGCUGGGCCCCGCAGCCUUUGAGAGUGUCGCGUGGUACUACGCCACGGACACCUACUUUGCCGGGGAUCUCGUCAGGAGUGAAGACUUCUACAGCAAGCUAUUGAGCUGUGCUGGAGUCACCACGUUCGUGACGACGGUCUGCAUCAUGAAGCCCAUCGACUGCGUCAAGAGGAUGGGUGGCGAGAAGCGCGCGGUUACCGCGGGUUCGUUGAUCGGUGCAGUGGGAUGCAUGGGAAUGUCGAUGGCUCCGACUCCAUGCACCUUCGCGGUGAUGGCUGUCCUGUCGGUGGCAGGCGGCAGCUUAGUGAAACCCACGCUCUCGUCGAUGCUGACGAUGAUCUGCCCGGAGCACACCGUUGGCCGCGCCGUCAUCUACGAGAAGGCAGUCAAAGCCGUGGCGCGGACCGGCGCGCCGCUGGUCUUCGGCCGCUUGUACGAGAGGUACGAUCCGCGCGUGAGCUUCUACGUCAACGCCGCGACCAACAUCCUCCUGGUCCUGCUGGCGCAGUGGGUGUUUCCCAGCCCGCCGAGAAAAAAAACGCUCGCCGGCGAAGCCGUAGAAGCAGACGCUGACGCCGCUGACGGGGCCGCGGCAAACUCCGACUCGGAGGUCGUUGAGGCGCUGGAAGACUUGGAGAGGGGGAAGCCCGACGAGACUUCUGCUCCGGCCCUCGACGGGAGCGACCAGCAAACGGAAUUUUCGGAAGCGGACAGCCGAGACAUGGGGAGCACGCAGAGCGAUGAGGAGAGCAGUCCCAAGCAGUUGGCUGACUUCAGUGAUUAG